AUGGAGAAACACGCAACUGCCAGGGGUUUUUGCUUGUGUCACCUGAUUUGCGUGUGGUAUCAGACUGGCAGGAUCGGCCUAUAUUUGGGUUUCUAUAAUUUGGGCUAUUCGGAACAACUAGGGAAGUUUGUAUGCGACGAGCAGCUAUAUGUGCAAAUAAUGGCUGUGGUAAAUCUGAUAGCCAGUUGGCUUUAUCUCAGCUUCAGUCAUCGAUGGAUCUACGAUCAGUUUGUGUUUCUACUGUAUGUUCCUCUAUAUGUGUACUUCUUGAUCCUGAGAAGACAUCUCGCAAAGCUCUUAAACGAAUGUGCUGGAGUACACAAAUCAAUGCAAAGAAUUCUGGGGAGUCGAUUGUGCGUAAGGAUCCAUAGGGAAUGUAUCUACACCUUACUUCUCAUGGCGAUGAUCAUAUUACUUCUUGUAUGGCAACUGAAAAUGUAUUCGGUUUAUCAGAGUGCUUUCAUAUUCGGCGUGGGACUUAUCUACCACUUUGAGUUGCUGUUCUUUGGAAACUAUCUCAUUUGGCUGAGCUGUAUCUACAGGUCCCUGAAUGUGUUUCUUUGUGAAGACAUGAGAAGUGAUAAAUUGUAUAUACUCAAGGGAGUACUAAGACAGCAACGAAUUAUAUGGCGGGUUCACCGAACUGUCUCCAGAUAUUUUGCCCUGCACCUUAUUAGUUUUAUGAUCCAGCCCGGAGUUAAAAUGUUAAUAAUAAUUCAGAGCUCUGGUCAACAACUGAAUGGUCAAAUGGUUUCUUUGGCUCUACACAUACAUUUGUUGGCUUUGUUUUUGAUAAUUGCCUCGAACCUGCAAAAACAGCAUCGCAAGUUUCAAAAAAAUUAUCUAAAAUUAAAAGAUGAUCCCCACAACUUCGUCGUGAAGUCCUGGCAAAUCCUGCAGCACAGAACUUUGCCAAAAGCUUUUGGGGUAACCCUUAUAAGAAAGCGUGAAAAAGUGAUGUACAGCAAAGAUGUGGUUACUAUGAUGUUCACCAACAACUACCCAGUUCUGAUGUUAACCAAAGUUCCCUUUUAUCUAACAACUUUUGGCUUCGGCAGGGCCAGGUUUGGAAUUUCUUUAGCUAUGCUGAGGAGUUGCCUGAAAACCCACAUCCGUGAACUUCUGCUAAUGCUUGUUAUUCGCUUACUUUACCACAAAAACUUAACUUUGCAGGACUUUGAGUAUGAGUCCCAGGAUGAUUUCAACGGCAAUGUCACACAGACAAUUAGUCAAGUCUACCGCUUUUAUUUCUAUGAUGAGUUCGAGUGA